AUGAAAAACGCAAACACAAAUUCUAUUCUGUUCCGAGCUUUGAUUGAUUGGAAAUGUAAAACUAAAGCUAAGGCAUCACAAAUCAAACAAGAAAUUGUGAAAACUGGUGGAGGACCAGCAAAUUAUGUACCUCUCUCUGAUGCAGAAAAGCGGCUCCUCAGCCUUAUGGGAACAAAGUCUGUUCAAGGAGAUGAUGUAUGUGAAAUGGGCUUUGGACAGCAUAUGUUACAACCAACUGUAUUAGAUGCAGCGAUGUUGAACAUUGCCGCAGCUCUGUUCAGCUCUUCAUUUCGCUGUGUAAUUCCAGCAAGGUUUAAGUUGAGGGAUAUUAGCUUAACAAAAUUGUUGGUCACAUCAGCUUCCCUAACGAUAAAGGAGAUAAACCACCCUUCGUCUGCAGAACCUCGACGUAUGUCAGGGUGGGGAUGCGAAGAAAUCCAAGGGAAUGUGAGUAGAUCCAAGGGUUUCCAGGAGUUGAAGAAACCUAAGGACUUUUGUUUCAUUAAGUUGUCAGUGGCUAGCCCCUCGGUGCUAAACUUUUCCCCAUACCGCGAAAAGGAGAGCCAACACUAUAACUAA